UGGGGCGCCUCAUGUAUGAUUAUGUGUCUCAUCGGUUUCAGCCCUGUGUCAGUAAUCUGUUUGUAUGGAGAUAGAGAACACACAAGCUCUAUAAAUAAUGCAAAUCUGCUACUGGGCUUCACUUCUUCUUUCCUUUUCUGCAUUCAGUCUCUUUGUGCCUCUCUUUAUGUGUCUCUCUCUUUCUCUUUAGCACUCUUUCUCUCUCUCAUAAAAGUCAAGAUUAAGCAUUCUCUAAAGUCCUGCAUGACGAUAAUCUGAACCACCCUCCGUAUCCAAUCAUUCAACAGACAGACAAAUCAAUUGUCCCUAUAAGCCUGAUGAUCAUUGGUUUGACAAGUGAAAGCAUUUUAUGAUUUGAGAUACAUCACAUCCUUGAUGAAAUACAAUUUUUUUUAAAAAAUAUAUAUAUUAGGCCUGCUGCCCCUUACUGAGGAUAAAAUCCUAUGGAUUUAAUGUUGGCCAUGGGGCAUAAUUGAUUCUAUCGGCUCACAGCAUAGAAGGAAAAGGAUGAGAAAAACAACACAAUGGGAAAAGAUCAGAGGUUGUAAUAACAGCAAUAUAACAUGGCUUUGUCCUUGGUGCUUCACACCAACAGCAAUCAUUACAUCUGUGUGACUCAAAAUCAACUGUUCACCCCAAACUAAUUUCUUCUCCCCAGCUAAAAGAAAAACGUAGUCCUUACGUUUUUUUAAUGACUAUGGCUUUAACAUCAUCUAGUCAUGUUCUUUGUUAAUUGAAAAAUUAGAAGGAAAAAGUCAAUCAGUUGGAAAAACAUAUCCAGAGAAGGGCAGCAUGCUGAAUUUGGUACAUCCUACAGGUAAAAAGACAUGAGAGCUCUUUGUAUAUAUGUACUUAGUGUGUCCCUUAUUUAUUUGUUUUCUUACAGAAAUCCUAAAUGGAGGUGUUUAUGUUGACCAAAACAAGUUCUUGUGCCAUGCGGACACAAUCCAUUGGCAAGAUAUCGUCAAGUACCCAAGGAUCCAACCUGUGGUGGUGCCCACCAACAGCAGUGUCACAUGUCAAAAAUGCCACCGUUCCUGCAAUGGUCGUUGCUGGGGACCCAAAGAGGACCAGUGCCAAAGCUUAACUAAGACAGUGUGUGCGGAGCAGUGUGACGGCCGUUGCUUUGGUCCCUUUGUUAGUGACUGCUGCCACCGUGAGUGUGCAGGUGGCUGUUAUGGCCCAAAGGACACAGACUGCUUUGCCUGCACCAACUUUAAUGACAGUGGGGCAUGUGUGACCCAGUGCCCUCAGCCAUUUGUCUACAACCCUACCACCUUCCAGCUGGAGCAUAACCCUAGGGCAAAGUACACCUAUGGAGCUUUCUGCGUCAAGAAGUGUCCACAUAACUUUGUGGUAGACCACAGCUCCUGUGUGAGAGCAUGCCCCAGUAACAAGAUGGAGGUGGAGGAGAAUCGCAUUAAGAUGUGCAUCCCUUGUACUGACAUCUGUCCAAAAGCAUGUGAUGGGAUAGGCACAGCAAGCCUACAGACUGCUCAGACAGUGGACUCCAACAACAUUGACAAGUUUGUCAACUGCACCAAAAUCAAUGGCAACCUGGUGUUCCUCAUUACUGGAAUCAAAGGGGAUGUCUAUCAUAACAUUGAAGCGUUGGACCCGGAAAAACUCAACGUGUUCCGCACCGUUCGGGAAAUUACAGGUUUUCUAAACAUUCAGUCAUGGCCUGACAACAUGACAGACUUGGGUGUUUUCUCCAACCUGGCUACUAUUGGGGGAAGAGCAUUGUACAGUGGGAUCUCUCUGCUGGUGUUGAAGCAGCCGGGGAUCACAUCACUUCAGCUUCAGUCUCUGAGAGAGAUCAGUGCUGGGAAUGUCCACAUUGCAGAGAACAGCCAGCUUUGCUACUAUAACACCGUCAAUUGGACAAGACUGUUCCGUACUACAAACCAAAAGGUUCUUAUUCGCAACAACCGAAGUCCACAGGAAUGCUCAGCCAAGGAGCACAUGGUGUGUGACCCGCUGUGUUCAGAUGCUGGAUGUUGGGGUCCCGGCCCAGACCAAUGCCUGUCCUGCCGAUAUUUCAGUCGUGGACGAACGUGUGUAGAAUCCUGCAAUCUCUAUGAGGGGGAUAUUCGAGAAUAUGCCAAUGGGUCAGUGUGCGUAGAGUGUGAUGCCCAGUGUGAAAGAGCUGACGGUGACUCUUUGACCUGUCUUGGGCCGGGCCCAGAGCAUUGUGUGAAAUGCCUUCAUUUCAAAGACGGUCCAAACUGUGUGGAAAAGUGUCCCGAUGGCCUGCAAGGUGCCAACAGCUUCAUCUUCAAGUACGCUGAAGCCAACAACGAAUGCCACCCCUGCCAUGCUAACUGCACCCAAGGGUGCAUUGGACCGAGACUUCAAGACUGCAUCGGCUGGAUGGACAGAACCCCUCUGAUUGCAGCAGGCGUAAUCGGAGGACUCUUCAUGGUGGUGAUCAUGGUACUCAGUGUAGCAGUGUCUGUGCGACGGAAGAACAUUAAGAAAAAGAGGGCCCUUCGCCGCUUCCUGGAGACAGAGUUGGUGGAACCUUUAACACCCAGUGGAACGGCACCCAAUCAAGCCCAGCUUCGCAUCCUGAAAGAAACAGAACUCAAAAGAGUCAAGAUCCUCGGCUCCGGAGCUUUUGGAACUGUUUACAAGGGUAUCUGGGUCCCAGAGGGGGAAACUGUGAAAAUCCCUGUUGCCAUUAAAAUCCUAAAUGAGGCCACAGGACCCAAGGCUAAUGUGGAAUUCAUGGAUGAGGCUCUGAUCAUGGCUAGCAUGGAGCACCCGCACCUGGUCCGACUGCUGGGUGUCUGCUUGAGUCCGACAAUCCAGCUGGUCACACAGCUGAUGCCUCACGGAUGCCUGCUCGACUAUGUCCACGAGCACAAAGACAACAUUGGAUCACAGCUAUUGCUCAAUUGGUGUGUCCAGAUAGCCAAGGGAAUGAUGUAUCUAGAGGAGCGUAGGCUCGUCCACAGGGAUUUGGCAGCCCGAAAUGUCCUGGUCAAAUCUCCCAACCACAUCAAGAUCACUGACUUUGGGCUGGCUCGCCUGUUGGAUGUCAAUGAAAAAGAAUAUAAUGCUGAUGGAGGAAAGAUGCCCAUCAAAUGGAUGGCCCUUGAGUGUAUUCAUUACAGGAAGUUUACUCAUCAGAGUGACGUUUGGAGUUAUGGUGUAACCAUUUGGGAGCUGAUGACCUUUGGAGGGAAGCCAUAUGAUGGGAUUUCUACAAGAGAUAUCCCAGAUCUGUUAGAAAAGGGAGAGCGUCUUCCUCAACCACCCAUCUGCACCAUUGAUGUUUACAUGGUCAUGGUCAAAUGCUGGAUGAUUGAUGCAGACAGUCGACCCAAGUUCAAGGAGCUGGCUGCCGAGUUCACUCGAAUGGCUCGAGAUCCCCAAAGAUAUCUGGUCAUCCAGGGUGAUGAUCGCAUGAAGCUCCCCAGCCCCAGUGACAGCAAGUUCUUCCAGAGCCUCUUGGAUGAGGAGGAACUAGAUGACCUGAUGGAUGCUGAGGAGUACUUGGUGCCCCACUCCUUCAACAUCCCCCCACUGGCAUACACUCCCCGCACAAGGAUGGACUCCAACAAGAACCAAUUUGGCUGUCAGGAUCCCAGUUUCAGCAUGGAGGAUAUGCUGGCUGCCGUGCCGAGAGUGAUCUCUGGUCCCCCUGUUUCUGGAAGCUGCCUCGCUCCACAGGAACUUGCCUCAGGAGGAAAAAUAGUUGGUGGAUUUGGCCGUGGUAGCCAGGAUGACCCCCGCUGUAAUGGCACUCUGAGAAAACAGGCAUCCCCAAGGUCAAGCACCCUUGAGGCUGGCUCAACUCUCACCACAGUGCAAGGCGGAGGUGAGGACAGUAAUGGACAGCGUUACAGCGCCGAUCCCACUGGUCUUUUAGCAGAGCGAGGAGCAAAAGGCAAUGCCAUGAGAGACAAGAGCAAUUCAGAUUAUCUCAUCCCUGUAGAGGAAAACCCCUUUGUCACACGGCGUAGGAAUGGAGAUGCCCACACAGUGAUUGAUGGAGCUAGCUGCCACACUCUGCAUUUGGCUGGAGCCACUGCUGCCCCCAAAAGUCAAUCCACUCAUGGUGAUGAUGAGUAUGUCAACGAGCCACUGUACCUGAAUACCCUCCUCAACACUGGGGCCAAGAAUGGAUUGGCUGGCACAGUCUCCAUCUCUGGCUCUGGAUCCUCUGUUGCACAAUCAGUACUGCAGACAGUCAACCCACCAACAUCAAGCCACACCAUCUCCUCCACUGGAUAUGUGGUACCCCCUGGCCACCUCCCCCACCCAUCGUAUCCAUCACACACCCUGCAUCCGGGGCAUUCAGGACACGCUCUGCACUCAGGCAUCACCAGCGGCACCAUUAUGUUUGAUAAGAAAGGCAAGAAAGCCACUUUUGACAAUCCUGAAUACUGGCAGCACAGUCUCCCUCCCAAGUCCUCACUGCACAACCCUGAGUACCUGCAGGACUGCAGCACACGCUUCUUCUACCGCCAGAAUGGACGCAUUCGCCCUGCUGUGGCUGAAAACCAGGAAUACUUGUCAGAGGCUGCUAUGAAAACAGGCAAUGUAUUGCCACCCCCUCCAUACAGACAGAGGAACACUGUGGUGUAGUGACCCACCUGUAGCACAUUAGCGAUGAAUAGAGGGGUAUGGGUGGGGAUGAAUGGACAGUAAACAGUCCUCACGUUUCCAUGCUGUUCUUCUCAAACUGGGUUCUUCUUUCACCUUUCCUUAACACUUCUCUUUGUCAUGUCUGCUAAUCUUGUAUUCUCACUCACUGGUUUUGCAUUUUCUAUGACAAAACUAUAACAACAUUCACUAACGGCCUCUUUUGUUACUUUGUCCUUGGCCCCUAAAGCAAACACAGACAUCUCUUUGUGGUGUAUUCUGUCCUGGAAAAGAAAAAGUCCAGUUUUUUUAGAAUCAAAAUUGCACAGAAAUAAUAUUAACACAAUCAAAGAUGAAAAGAGGAGGAAAAAAAUAAACUGUGGUUAGCCCCAGCACGGUUAUUUCCAUGACCUUACAUGUCUUUCUUUAUACACCCUUAAAUCAUUGUUCACUGUCCCUUUGGCACAUUUUCCAUCCAGCUAGAUGCACACAUUGUACUAUUCACACAACUGCUAUUGCUUGGGUGCAGUCAAUCAAAUGUCCAUGCACAUAGAGUUGUGUCAUGACUUACCAGCAAACCUGCAGUCAUGCUGAAAACCCCAGAUGUGGCCUGCAUGCCUGCCGUCAUGCUGCUUUGACUUUUACGUUUCACUGCACCAGUAAUGAAAUUCAGACAUUUAUCACACACAUAUUUCAAAUCAUACCUGAAACACGUUAACAUGCCUGUAGGCUUGAUACACCUACAAUAACCACACAUUAUUUCAUACAUGCACACUGACAGAUAAGUCUGCCGCCACUUGAAAUAUGUUCUGAAGGAGAAACAACAUUAGACCUUGUACUUGAAAAAGAUAAUGUCGAUAAUGGCAGCCAGAGUUACAGCACUAAAAUGGGCCAACAGGACGGUACAUACCGCCACAGCUGUGAUAUCACCUGGUACCUGAUUGAGCAGCAUUUGACACAUUGUUGCCACGGCAAGUUUGGAUUAGAAGGUUGACUGCUCACAAGAUGACCCUUUAAAUUCCACUGUAAUUUUCCAUGCUGUUCCUCAUCUUUACCAAUCUAGUCCGAGUAGCGAACAAACCGCACAGGUUACUACCUUCAUGAGCUCAUGUGACUGACUAAAACAUUGGUAACUGCAGUAGAAGAGAUUUUAUUUCAGUGGAACCGGUGCUUAAGAAUGGACAAAUCUUUUAAGAGGUACAACAACAUGUUUCUGGAGAAACACAAACUGAGGGGGAAAGACGGUAUUUUAAAAUCUUUAUCAGAGUAUAGCGGGGGUAUUUUUUUGUUAAUCCAUCAGGGACCUGUUUAUUUCCUCAACUUGUCUGACAAUGUACUGUAUUUGAUCAAUAAAGGGAUGGGGUGAACAGCACAGUAAUGCAGCCACGAAAGAACGUUGUGGAGAUGACAGAAAAAGGAAAACUCUCCAUGGCUGGAAAUAAGCCAAUUACAUGUCAUCGCCAGACAGACACAAGCAACAAAAAAGGAAAAGAACACCUAUAGGAGGUUUUUUUUACCACUCUGUGUUAAUACUGUUGUAUGUAAUAAAAAGAGAAAACUAAGAAAGUCACUAUCUGCCCUUACUCUUAGGUAUAAGAUAGCUAAAGCAAGGGUCAGCUACAUUAUUACCCUGUAACAAGUUUUAAAAAAAUAGGGACAUUUUCUGUCUUGGUGUUUGACAUUGUAAGUUAUCACUAAAUCUACUGAUGGCUAGCUUGCUGUACUCAUACAGUACUGCCAGAUGCCACAUUAAAUUAUGAUGGAGAGUGCUAGCAUCUGUCGUCAAAUGACUUUGAAGCCUAAUUUAGGUCGGGGCUGAUAAUUUAUUAGCACUUAACACUCUGGCACAGCCAAAUUGCGUUGGUGUUAUUCUCACUAUAAGCAACAAUUCGUGCAAUUUUCUCCAUCACACUCCAACUUUCAUUUACAGUGAGAUAACACCUGAGUUUUUUGGGUUAUUUUGCUUUUUUUUUUUUUUUUUUUUUUUUUUUUUUU